AUGCCUGUCAAGUGGGAAGAAAGACUUGACGUGAAGCUCCUUUCAACCGUCAUCAGGAUCAUCGAUGGCCAGGUGACGGGUGACAACUGGGCCAGAGUCGCAGAAGCGAUGGGCGAAGAGUUCACCCCCAAAGCUUGUCGUCUACACUUCGCCAAGAUCCAGAAGGAUGUCGCUGACGGCGUCCACGCACCUCCCACUGGCGAAUCUGUGGCAUCUCCUGCCUCUGGCCGCAAGCGCAAGGCCAAGGGGGAGUCUACAUCAAAGACAUCUCCAAAGAAGUCCAUGCCACCUGAAAAGCAGGAAGUUAAUAGCGAACUCACUUGUGCAACUGGGUCUACUUACUCGACGGAUUAG